AUGUUCCGCUUGCGGGCACUGUCCGCUAUGUGGUUUGGCGUGGCACACUUGACUCGGGGCUACCACAGUGCGGCAGGGCGAAAGUCUGGUCGAAGGAGGCUGAUGCUAGCAGCUCUAGUUGGCGUAACUGGUGUCUCUGCUAGUACCGGGCUGCUCUGGAAAAGAGCUUAUGCUGAUGCAGGCCCAUCAGUACGACAUUCCCAGCCACAAAAUGGAGAAGGUUUUGUGAAGGCCUCAGACACUGAGUCAGAAAACACAGUGGAGGCUAGCAGUAGUGAUGAUGAGGCCAAGAAUGAAAGUGGCGAAGGGAAAAAAAAGAAGCAACGUUCUGGAUUCCGUGACCGCAAGGUAAUGGAGUACGAGAAUAGGAUACGGGCCUACUCAACCCCAGACAAGAUUUUCCGCUAUUUUGCCACGUUGAAGAUUAUUGGUGAACAUGGAGAUGCGGAGGUUUACAUGACGCCCCAAGACUUCAUACGCUCCAUCACCCCAAAUGAGAAGCAGCCAGAGAAUCUUGGCCUUGAUCAAUUUGUUGUGAAGCGCUAUGACGGAAAGGACUUCUGGCAGACGGAGAAAAUAGCCCAAGAGAGGGAGAAGUUUGCAGAUGAAGACAGCAUAUUUUACACUCUGGGAGAAUGUGGCCUCAUUUCCUUCUCCGACUACAUCUUUCUCACCACUGUGCUGUCCACUCCCCAGAGAAACUUUGAGAUCGCUUUCAAGAUGUUUGAUCUCAACGGUGACGGAGAGGUAGACCUGGAGGAGUUUGAACAGGUCCAGAGCAUUAUUCGCUCUCAAACAAGCAUGGGCAUGCGACACCGAGACCGCUCCACUACAGGAAACACUCUAAAGACAGCCGGCUGCAGCUCGGCACUCACCACCUACUUCUUUGGUCAAGACCUAAAGGGAAAACUGACCAUCGGCAGCUUCCUUGAGUUUCAGCGGAAGCUGCAGCAUGAUGUGCUCAAGCUAGAGUUCGAGCGGAAUGAUCCGGUGGAUGGACGUAUCUCAGAAAGACAGUUUGGCGGUAUGCUGCUGGCGUACAGCGGUGUUCAGUCACGUAAACUGAAGCAGAUGCAAAAGGGAUUGAAGAAGAUGUUUAAGGAUGCACAGGGCAUCACAUUUGAAGAAGUGGAGAAUUUCUUUACCUUCCUGAAGAAUGUCAAUGAUGUGGACACGGCACUGAGUUUCUACCACAUGGCGGGAGCGUCCAUAGAUAAAGUUACCAUGAAACAGGUGGCCCGCACCGUUGCCAAGGUGGAGUUGUCAGAUCACGUGUGUGAUGUUGUCUUCGCUCUGUUUGAUUGCGACGGGAACGGCGAGCUCAGUAAUAAGGAGUUCAUCGCCAUUAUGAAGCAGCGGCUCAUGCGUGGGCUGGAAAAACCCAAGGACAUGGGCUUCACUCGUUUGGUGCGCGCCAUGUGGAAGUGUGCUCAGGACACCGCUUGGGACUUUGCAAUGCCAAAGACUUAA